AGCAAGUAUACGAGGAGCGAACGCAACACGGUUAGUUGUUGUCUGACUUCGAAGGUUCAAACUUCGUUGAGAGCGAGAGCCAGUCGCCAGAGAUCUAAUGGAAAUUAUAACUACUUAGAGUCAAAGAAAUACUGAUCAGCAGAGAUACUUGCUGCAGCAACAACCGACCGAAAUAAGCUGAUGUGGGCGACUGUACAGAUAUAGUGCAUAAAGUGCAUCAACCGCCAGUGUUACACAUCACUUGAUCAAGGACAGACGACGAUCCUUAAUCGUCGAAAUCAUUUCGAUAUUGAUUGACCUACCGACACGUACCAAGGACAAUUUUGGUUACGAAGUGCAACGGAUUCCGAAAAACCCCACGAUUACAAGAGCUGAAUGAACGUACGGAGAACUUUAAUCGCAGGUGCAUCUGACGUGUAAGUCGACGGUAUAACGACUCCAUGUCAAGCAAACGAAAACAGCAACCAAGGAAAAUGCAGGCCUUCAUUCAAAUCGUCAAUGUUUUGCAUCGGAUUAUCGAAUUAAUAGCCAGAGGUAUCUUUACUCUCAUUGCAUACAUCUGUCAUCCGAACGAAUGUCAGCCUCCGGUAACAAAUCGCAUUCUGCUAUACAGUGCAUCGACUUUAGCUGCUCAAAUACGACAGCAAGAGAUUACUUCGGAAGAAGUGGUACUAGCUUUCAUAGAUAGAAUUAAAGAAAUUCAACCAAUUUUGAAUUGUAUGGUUGAGAACCGUUUUGAGGCAGCAUUAGAAGAGGCAAAGAAAUGUGAUAAGAUGCUGAGAUCUCCAAACGCACCAUCCAUCAAAGUCUUGACAAAGGAAAAACCUUUUCUUGGAGUACCAUUUACGACUAAGGACUGUAUAGGAAUUGCAGGAAUGAAACAAACUGCAGGUUUGGUAGAGCGCCGAAACACAGUAGCUGAAAGAGAUGCUGAAGCAGUAAGAUUAUUGAGAGCUGCAGGUGCUAUACCUCUCGCCACAACCAACGUUUCUGAAUUAGCCAUGUGGUGGGAAAGCAGCAAUUGUUUAUAUGGCACCAGUAAAAAUCCAUACAACACGAGGCAUAUUGUGGGAGGCUCAUCUGGUGGUGAGGGUUGUAUACUCGCUGCAGCUGGAUCACCAUUUGGGAUUGGCUCAGAUAUUGGUGGUUCGAUCCGUAUGCCUAGCUUUUUCAAUGGAAUUUUUGGUCAUAGAACUUCUAAAGGUGUUGUAUCAAACGAUGGGCAAUAUCCAAGUCCUCAUCAGAAGGAACUGGAUGAACUUCUUAGCCUUGGUCCGAUGUGCCGGAAUCCAUUCGAUUUAUUACCCAUGCUCAGGGUAUUGGCGGGCAAGAAUGCCAGCAUGCUUAAAUUAGAUGAUAAAGUCGAUAUUUCAAAAAUCAAGUUCUAUUACAUGGAAGACGAUGGUGGGCAGUUGCUUGUUUCUCCGGUAGAACCUGAGAUAAAAGAAGGUCUGAAACGAGUAGUUGAUUAUCUUGAAAGAGUUCAUAAUGUUAAGGCAAAGAAAGUUAACAUAAAAAAGUUCAAAAAGAGUAUAGAAUUAUGGUUGGCAAAUAUGAGUGCAAAAGAUGGGAAGGGUUUUGCAUGGGAAUUGUCCAACAGAACGGGAGAUCUAAACAUAUGGUGGAAGUUUGCACAAUGGUUCACCUUUAUGGGUCACCACACAUUAAUAGCCUUGAUUACUGUAUUAGUCGAAAGUUUUGGAAUCAAGUAUGGAACUGAGAAACACGUGAAACUUAUUCAAGAGAGUAGAGAUCUCAUCUUGGAAUUCAAGGACAUGUUGGGUGAUGAUGGUGUUUUUCUAUACCCAACUCAUCCUACAGCAGCUCCAAUGCAUCAUGAACCUCUAAUAAAGCCUUUCAAUUUUUCCUAUACUGCUAUAAUUAACAUAAUGGGUUUACCCGCAACCGCUUGCCCAUUAGGACUCAAUAAAGAAGGCCUUCCUAUCGGCAUACAGGUCAUCGGUGGACUAUAUCAAGACCAUUUAACACUUGCCGUCGCGGAAGAACUUGGACGCGCAUUUGGGGGUUGGAUCCCUCCGCCGCUUAUUGAAAAUGGGAAAACUAUUCAAGUUCCGACGAACAUAGCAUUAUACACGUAGGUGCACGUAAAAAUCAUAACAAAACUUUUUAUAAUUCUCAAGGGCCUUUGUUUAAUCAUUUUUCAACGGUUAACAAUUAUUACGAAAUAUGUAAAAUUAUACAAAUAGAGAAAACGUUGGAUGCUUUAUGAGGUUUCAAACAAAACUUGAGUUUUUGAAUGGAACUUCAAUCAAAACAGUGAGCCUAAACUGGCCUAAAGUGUGGUUUUCUUUCGGUCUGGAUUGUCUGAUAUCCCAAACUAUUCAAAGUACCUAGGUAGUUAUUCAACAAAGUUAAGACAAUAUAUAUUUAUGUACCAAAUAAAUCAAUUUUUAUUGGUGAGAAUAUCA